AUCUGAAGUAAACUCUUCUUGAUUUUGAUGGUGUAUAGGAAAAAUAAGAAGACGAAAAGCCCAAACAUACUCUCUAGUACAAUUGUAGCUUUCAAGCAGCAAUGGUUAUUAUCUCUCGUUUCUCCCCUGCCCUGCGCGCAAUCUCGACGGUACGUGCUGGAUUGAGAAAUGUCGUCAUAGCAUUUCCGCGACACGCUGCUUCUGCGCGGCGCCUGUAUGCCUCUCAAGCCAACCCAGGGGGGCAAAAGAGCAGCGAGAUUCCAUGGUUGGUUGGCUCGAUCGCUGUGACCGUUCCAGCAGCAUUUUACGUAUUGAACUCGGGACCUCAAGGGAAGGAGCAUGAAGUCGAGUCUCACGAGCCUGUUGCGAACGAAGAGGAGAAUGUCGAAAAGGAGAAAGGUGAGGAUGAGCAAGAUGAAGGGAAGGAAGAAAACCCUUCAGACGCAGGUGACGGUGCAGCACCAUCUGAGCAGGAUCUGCCGGACGCGGACAAGAAACCUGAAAGCCCAGGGGGCAAGUCCGGCUCUCAACCAGCCAAACAGCAAGACGACUCCGGUGCAGAAACUAGAAAUCCUCAUCUAGAAGACCCAGGCAAGAGCAAGAAGGCUGGGGGCGGGGUUGAAACUGGAAAAGUCAAGGGAACAGUCUCCAGUGAGCGACCAAAAAAACAGGGGUAAAUCAGCUAUCUAGAUAUAGAAAGAUUAGUGUAGUAAGAAUAAAUAUUGUCGGUGUCUGUCACACCUUAAGCCGGACUCUUCA